AUGGAGUGUGGAAAGACUUUCACUGAUAGAACACAUCAGCCGACUCACAUGGGCAAGAAAGGAUUCAAAUGCAAGGAGUGUGGGAAGAACUUCAGUCAGAGUGGACACCUCAAUAUACAUCAACGGACUCACACAGGGGAAAAACCAUUUAAAUGCACGGAGUGCGGAAGGAAAUUCAGUCAAAGAGGACAGCUAAAUAGGCAUCAACUGACUCACACAGGGGAAAAACCUUUUAAAUGUAUGGAGUGUGGAAAGAGCUUCCGUUUCAUUGGAAACCUUAGAAGACAUCAACAGACUCACACAGGGGAGAAACCAUGUAAAUGUAUGGAGUGUGGAAAGACCUUUCGUGAUAAUGGAACCCUUAGAGGACAUCAAGAGACUCACACAGGGGAGAAAUCAUAUGAAUGUAUGGAGUGCGGAAAGAGCUUUUGUGAUAAUGGAAACCUGAGAACACAUCAACGGACUCACACAGGGGAGAAACCAUUUAAAUGUAUAGAGUGUGGAAAGAGCUUCAUUCAGAAUGGAGACCUUAGAACACAUCAACGGACUCACACAGGGGAGAAACCAUAUAAAUGUAUGGAGUGCGGAAAGAGCUUCAGUAAGAGUGGAAACUUCAAUAUACAUCAACGGACUCACACAGGGGAGAAACCAUAUGAAUGUAUGGAGUGCGGAAAGAGAUUUAGUGAUAAUGGAAAACUUAGAAGACAUCAAAAGACUCACACAGGGGAGAAACCAUUUAAAUGUAUAGAGUGUGGAAAGAGCUUCAUUCAGAAUGGAGACCUUAGAACACAUCAACGAACUCACACAGGGGAGAAACCAUAUAAAUGUAUGGAGUGCGGAAAGAGCUUCAGUAAGAGUGGAACCUUCAAUAUACAUCAACGGACUCACACAGGGGAGAAACCAUAUGAAUGUAUGGAGUGUGGAAGGAGCUUCAGUUUCAAUGGAAGCCUUAGAAUACAUCAGCGGACUCACACAGGGGAGAAACCAUAUGAAUGUAUGGAGUGCGGAAGGAGCUUUCGUAAUAAUGGAACCCUUAGAACACAUCAACGGACUCACACAGAGGAGAAACCAUAUGAAUGUAUGGAGUGUGGAAGGAGCUUUCGUAAUAAUGGAGACCUUAGAAGACAUCAACGGACUCACACAGAGGAGAAACCAUAUGAAUGUAUGGAGUGUGGAAGGAGCUUUCGUAAUAAUGGAACCCUUAGAACACAUCAGCGGACUCACACAGGGGAGAAACCAUAUGAAUGUAUGGAGUGUGGAAGGAGCUUUCGUAAUAAUGGAACCCUUAGAACACAUCAGCGGACUCACGCAGGGGAGAAACCAUAUGAAUGUAUGGAGUGUGGAAGGAGCUUUCGUAAUAAUGGAACCCUUAGAACACAUCAGCGGACUCACAAAGGGGAAAAACCAUUUAAAUGCAUGGAGUGCGGAAGGAAAUUCAGUCAGAGUGGACACCUAAAUAUGCAUCAACUGACUCACACAGGGGAGAAACCAUAUGAAUGUAUGGAGUGUGGAAGGAGCUUUAGUAAUAAUGGAGACCUUAGAAGACAUCAACGGACUCACACAGGGGAGAAACCAUGUGAAUGUAUGGAGUGUGGAAAGGCCUUUCGUGAUAAUGGAACCCUUAGAGGACAUCAAGAGACUCACACAGGGAGAAAUCAUAUGAAUGUAUGGAGUGCGGAAAGAGCUUCAGUUUCAAUGCAAUCCUUAGACGACAUCAACGGACUCACACAGGGGAGAAACCAUAUGAAUGUAUGGAGUGCGGAAAGAGCUUUUGUGAUAAUGGAAACCUUAGAACACAUCAACGGACUCACACAGGGGAGAAACCAUAUGAAUGUAUGGAGUGCGGAAAGAGCUUUCGUGAUAAUGGCAACCUUAGAAGACAUCAACAGACUCACACAGGGGAGAAACCAUGUAAAUGUAUGGAGUGCGGAAAGAGCUUUCGUGAUAAUGGAACCCUUAGAACACAUCAACGGACUCACACAGGGGAAAAACCAUUUAAUUGCAUGGAGUGCGGAAGGAAAUUCAGUCAGAGUGGACACCUCAGCGUGCAUCAACUGA